AUGGCCUUCUCCUUUCCUCAAGCCAAACAAGGGGUCAUCCCCAGGACUGUGCUGGGGGGACACUUUCCCAAACAGUGUCUCUGUGACCGCCCCAAGCAGGCACUGAUGGUCAUCAGACUAGACACAGUGACUAAGGAGCAUCAGCCUGAGAUUCAGGAAAUGGAACUCAAGCAUCCACCAGUUAGGAGGUUGUGUUGUCGCUGCCCUCUGGGGGCGGGGAAGUUGCCAGGUGGGCGUCUCAGCGCCGGCGCCGAGGAGCGGACAGUUGCUGGGCCGCCGAAGUGGGAGGCGUUCCUGAGCUGCGUCAGCCGAGCCUGGCGGAGCCGGGUGUCGUCGGGCCGCGCUCUGCCGCCUUCUCCCGGGCUCGUUCGUUUCCCCGGUGUGUGUCACAGCAGCCGGGGCCCACCACGCCCUAGCCUGAGGAGGCCCUCCUUCAGCUCCGGGUCUUCUUCCUCGCCCGACGCAGACGACGAGGGCCUGCGCGGCACCCGCGAAGAUGCUUCUGUUUGCAAGAGGUUUGCAGUAAGCAUUGGCUACUGGCAUGACCCUUACAUCCAGCAUUUUGUGAGACUGUCUAAAGAGAGGAAGGCCCCUGAGAUUAACAGAGGAUAUUUUGCUCGUGUCCAUGGCAUCCGGCAACUUAUAAAGGCAUUUCUACAGAAGACAGAAUGUCAGUGCCAAAUUAUAAACCUGGGGGCUGGGAUGGAUACCGCCUUCUGGACAUUAAAGGAUGAGGGUCUUCUCCCAAGGAAAUAUUUUGAAGUUGACUUUCCGGUGAUAGUCACGAGAAAGCUACACAGCAUCAAAUUCAAGUCUCUCCUAUCAAAACCCAUUUUAGACUUACAUUCAGAGGAGACACUUCAAAUAGAUGGACAAAUGUUGGAUUCAAAGAGAUAUGCUAUUAUUGGAGCAGAUCUCCGAGAUUUACCUGAACUGGAAGAGAAACUAAAGAAAUGUAACAUGAAUACACAAUUACCGACACUCCUGAUGACUGAAUGUGUGCUGGUUUACAUGACUCCAGAGCAGUCUGCAAACCUUCUCAAGUGGGCAGCCAACAAUUUUGAGACUGCCAUGUUCAUAAACUACGAACAGGUGAACAUGGAUGAUCGGUUUGGGCAGAUCAUGAUUGAAAACCUGCGGAGACGACAGUGUGACCUGGCGGGAGUGGAAACCUGCAAGUCAUUAGAGUCGCAGAAAGAACGGCUCCUGUCAAAUGGGUGGGAAACAGCAUCGGCAGUCAACAUGAUGGAAUUGUACAGCAGAUUACCUCGAGCUGAAGUGAGCAGAAUAGAGUCGCUUGAAUUCCUGGACGAAAUGGAGCUUCUUGAGCAGCUCAUGCAGCAUUACUGCCUUUGUUGGGCAACCAGAGGAGGAAGUGAACUAGGUUUGAAGGAGAUCACUUGUUAAUCUGUUCAAGGCUCAUGCUGAGCCAGAAGCUGAAGCCACUGAUGCUCCCAGAGUGGAUAUGCCACGUUUCCUAAGUGAUGGCGAGGCGUCGCCUGCCAGCCCCACCCCGCACUUGGAGAGCCCUCUGUUAUUAGGGUUGUCACACCAGUUCUUGUUCCUGUUGACUUGUCCUUUAAAUAAAUCUCAGUUGUCAGUUGCCUA